AUGUUUGGACUAAGGAGAUCAAUGGCCACUGCGGCCUCACAAGCUUCUCUGUCUCUGAAGCAGGCGGGCAAGGUCGUCUGCAUUGGCCGCAACUAUGCGGAUCACAUUGCAGAACUGGCAAACGCAAAGCCUAAGAAGCCCUUUUUCUUCCUCAAGCCUCCUUCGUCCAUCGUGUUGCCCGGCGAGGGCCCGUGUCUGCAGCCCAAGGGCGUGGACAUGCACUUUGAGGUUGAGUUGGCGCUCAUCAUUGGGUCGGUGGUGAAGAAUCUGCACCCGGAGGAUGAGAAGGGAGCGUUGGAUGCCAUCAAGGCAUACGCCAUCGCCAUCGACAUGACAGCCCGCAACGUCCAAAACGAGGCAAAGAAAAAGGGCCUCCCCUGGGACAUUGCCAAGGGCUUCGACACCUUCCUGCCCAUGAGCAACGUCAUCCCCAAGUCCGCCAUUUCCGACCCGCACGACGCCGAGCUGUUCCUCGAGGUCAACGGCCAGCCGCGGCAGCGCGGGUCCACGGGCCUGAUGAUUUAUCGGAUUCCGCGCAUCGUGAGUGACAUCUCGCGCGUCAUGACGCUGCUGCCGGGCGACGUGGUGCUGACGGGCACGCCGGCGGGGGUUGGGCCUGUGGUGCCGGGGGAUGUGAUGAGGGCUGGUGUGAGGGUUGAUGGGAGGGAGGUUGAGGAGGGGAGGAUUGAGGUUCCUGUGGAGCUGUCGGGGAGUGCGUAUGAGUUUUCGGAGACGUGA